UCCUUGAAACAACCUGCAUAAUAGAGAACCAGCCCACCAGACACACGAGCAACCUGCAGGGAAAAACAACAGCGCUGCGCUACAGCAAAGAUGAACACGGACGCGAUUGUUAUUAUUUCCGCUGCAAGGACUCCUAUAGGAUCAUUCAAUGGAGCACUUAGUAGUGUACCCCUCCAUGAUCUGGGGGCAUUAGUCAUUAAAGAUGUGCUGAAGAGGGCCAAUGUAAAGCCAGAAGAGGUCUCGGAGGUCAUCAUGGGUCAUGUCCUCACUGCAGGUCACGGGCAGAACCCUGCCCGCCAGGCAAGUGUUGGUGCUGGUAUCCCAUACUCUGUGCCCGCAUGGAGCUGUCAGAUGAUCUGUGGAUCUGGCCUAAAGUCUGUAUGUCUUGGUGCCCAGUCCAUCAUGACGAGAGAAUCCACGAUAGUAGUAGCAGGAGGGAUGGAGAGCAUGAGUCGGACUCCUCAUAUAGUGCAGAUGAGGUCAGGGGUGAAGAUGGGAGAUGCUACUUUGCAGGACUCUAUAUUGACUGAUGGACUCACAGACGCCUUUUACAAUUACCACAUGGGAUUCACGGCGGAGAAUGUGGCCAAGCAGUGGGGGGUGUCCCGUGAGGCUCAGGACCAGCUUGCUGUGACAUCACAGAACAGAACUGAAGCAGCUCAGAAGGCUGGUUAUUUUGACCAGGAGAUUGUGCCAGUCACUGUUCCCUCUAGGAAAGGUCCAGUCGAGGUCAAAGCUGAUGAGUUUCCUCGGCAUGGCAGUAAUAUUGAUGCCAUGUCCAAACUGAAGCCCUGUUUUGUGAAGGAUGGUUCUGGUACAGUGACAGCUGGCAAUGCAUCAGGCAUAAAUGAUGGAGCUGCAGCUACUGUUCUCAUGAGCCAAUCAGAGGCCCAGAGGCGGGGCUUAAAACCAAUGGCACGCAUCACUUCCUGGACUCAGGCAGGCCUUGACCCUUCAGUCAUGGGCACAGGGCCAAUUCCAGCCAUUAGAAAAGCUGUUGAAAAAGCCGGAUGGAAGCUAGACGAGGUGGACCUGUUCGAGGUAAAUGAAGCGUUUGCUGCUCAGUCCAUUGCAGUGGUACAGGAGCUCGGUCUAAACCCUGACAAGGUUAAUGUGUGUGGAGGUGCGAUCUCUCUUGGACAUCCUCUUGGGAUGUCUGGCUGUAGAGUGUUGGUGACCCUGCUCCAUGCGCUUCAGAGGACAGGGGGACGGAAAGGGGUCGCUUCCCUGUGUAUAGGUGGUGGAAUGGGGAUUGCCAUGUGUAUAGAGAGAGAAUAAGGGCUGAUAUAAACAAAUUACCACACUGUAAUCGUGUGCUUUUAAUCAGGCCUUGUGACCAGUUUCCAUAUUCAAAACACAUGUUUACAAAUCUUUAACAGGCUAUGGUGACACUAAAGUACAUAAUUAAGUCAGUAAUAUAAACCUGUAGUAUAAUUUACACAUGGCAUUGGCCAGUUCUGGUUUCUGGUGUAAAAUUAUCUCUAAUGUAUCAGUGUAUCUAAUGUAUUUUGCACUUAAAUCUAAUGUAUUCCCUUCAGUCUUUAGUGAUUUGUGCUACAUAAAGGUGACUUAUUGAAGUAUACCAGAUUUAAUGACAUUCCUUUUUUUUGUGUGUGAAUCGUCUAUUGUUGCCGAGUUACUCUUAUAGUAGAACUUUUAUUGGUAUUUAAACUGGGCCUGUCCAUGUAUUACACAUGCAUAUCAAUGAUAACCUGAUUGGAUUAUGAAAAUCAUGGUGUGGUUUGUUUCUGUGUGUAGUAAUCGAUCAGUUGAAUGGAGUCAGUUUGUUUGUAAAUUUAGAACAGGACCUGUUUACACUGUGCAAUAGAAACCUGCCUUAGAUAAUGUCAAAUGUGCCAAAAGGCAAAAUUAGCCUCUAUCCUGUGCUUCCAAUAGGCUGCUUUUAAUAAUCUCUCCCAAUGUUGAUUGUACCUCAGGGGAAAAGCUGUUUACAUAUUUAGCCUGCUGUACUCUAAAUCUCUCCACCUAAUAAAGAAUUUAAUGGAGA